AUGGUCGUUGUCAGUGUAAGCAUGCUCAAAGAUCUACAAGAAACAACCGCAUUCGCAAUCAGCACAAACGAGACUAACGUCAAGGGCACGUCACAGGCCUGUCCCACAGACAUGAUGGCAACCCCGCGCCUCGGUCACAUCAACAAUAACCCCUCAUUCAAUUUCACCCGCCCACGCAAUCACCCAGAGGUCACCGAAGUAACCCCACCGACCUCCCAACAAGAGGAGAAACCCAGGUUCCAAUGCAGCGUCCACCGCCGGGUCCGUGAAUCCAAAUACGGCUGGUGCAAGACAGUCUCCACCGACAUCGCCAUUCUCCCCGAGGAGCUAAACACCCCUGCCGAGGCAGCCGGUGCGGGUAUGGCACAUCGGAGGAGUCUACCAGCAACACCUUCUACCACAUCGCGGUUACCCUUUCUCGGUCGUGGUGCAACAUCGUGGCGAGCUCAAAACCAUGGAGCGAGCUAG